CAAAAAUCAAAAAUGAGGCUCACGGUUACAUACCGAUUAUUGGCACUGUUCCUUCUUCUAAACCACCCAACCCCAAUUCUUCCCGCCUUUUCGAAUCAAACCUUUCCGACAAUAGAUUCGGAGCCAUUUCUGUACAUCGUAGGACGAAAGAAGCUGUUGGAAGCACAGUACAAGUGCUAUGACCGAAUGCAGCAGUUACCCCCGUACGAAGGAGAAGGUCCAUAUUGCAACCGUACCUGGGAUGGAUGGAUGUGUUGGGAUGACACACCAGCUGGAGUAUUGACCUAUCAGUUCUGCCCAGAUUAUUUUCCAGAUUUUGAUCCAUCAGAAAAGGUUACAAAAUACUGUGAUGAAAAAGGGGUUUGGUUUAAACAUCCUGAGAACAAUCGAACCUGGUCCAACUAUACUAUGUGUAACGCUUUCACGCCUGAGAAACUGAACAAUGCAUAUGUUCUGUACUACUUGGCUAUUGUGGGUCACUCUUUGUCGAUUUUCACCUUAGUGAUUUCCCUGGGGAUUUUCAUGUAUUACAGGAACCUUAGCUGCCAACGGGUGACACUGCACAAGAACAUGUUUCUUACCUACAUUCUGAAUUCUAUGAUUAUUAUCAUCCACCUGGUUGAAGUUGUGCCCAAUGGAGAUCUUGUACGAAAGGACCCGGUGAGCUGCAAGAUUUUGCAUUUCUUCCACCAGUACAUGAUGGCCUGCAAUUAUUUCUGGAUGCUUUGUGAAGGGAUCUAUCUUCACACUCUCAUCGUGGUGGCUGUGUUCUCGGGGGAGCAGCGCCUGCGGUGGUAUUACCUCUUGGGCUGGGGGUUCCCGCUGGUGCCAACCACUAUCCAUGCUAUCACUCGAGCACUGUACUUCAAUGACAACUGCUGGCUGAGUGUGGAAACCCACUUGCUUUACAUAAUCCAUGGACCUGUCAUGGCGGCAUUGGUGGUCAAUUUCUUCUUCUUGCUCAACAUUGUCCGUGUGCUUGUGACCAAAAUGAGGGAGACUCAUGAGGCGGAAUCACAGAUGUACCUGAAGGCUGUGAAGGCCACCAUGAUCCUUGUGCCCCUGCUGGGAAUCCAGUUUGUCGUCUUUCCCUGGAGACCUUCCAACAAGAUUCUUGGGAAGAUAUAUGAUUACUUCAUGCACUCUCUGAUUCAUUUCCAGGGAUUCUUUGUCGCGACUAUCUACUGCUUCUGCAACAAGGAGGUCCAAACCACCGUGAAGCGCCACUGGGCGCAACUUAAAGUCCAGUGGGACCAGCGCUGGGGAACCCGCCCCUCCGCCCGCUCCACUGCUCGCGCUGCCGCCUCUGCUGAGGCGGGUGACAUCCCUGUUUACAUCUGUCAUCCUGAGCCUGAGCCGAGGAAUGAGCCAGCUGGCAACGAAGGCGAGCGAGGUGCUGAGCUCAUCCCUCUGAAUAUCAUCGAGCACGAGUCAUCCGCCUGA